GUUCUGAAAAUGUCAUGACAAAGGAUCUAGUCGAAUUGGGCUAUUGKAUUACACAAAGAAUAAUMAUAAUAUAGCGCUUAUGGGUAAGAAGUGGUGUGUGAAAUAGAGGUACUGAAACUUCGUGAAUCUUCUAGGAGGUCACGACUAAAAACCAUAUUUCAUUUGUCUGGCUUUUUGUUUGUCUCAUCAAAAAAAAUUAUGUGAGUCGUCAUGAAAAUUUAAUAAUGGAAGAACGUUCCUGAAAAAAUACAACGAACGCUGUAAUGAUAUUACUCUGGGAGGAACAUCCAUCGAAGACAUAUAUUUUAUGUCGACGUUAUUGAUCGAUUUCUACUCAUCCUCGUGUCACAAAGAAUCUAAAUCAACCGUGAGUGGGCGAGAAAAUCGCUUGUAUUUCGAAAGAACAGCACCAAGCACUGAACUUGGGCGUGACUCGAUAGAAAAGCGCCCUCUACCACCACCACUCCGCUUGAUUGUUAUGACUCGCUUUCGUUUCGUUUCGAUUCUGUUCAGCAAAUUGCUGCUGGCUGCGAUCGUUGUCGUGGAAAUGGGAUCUACCGUGGCGUCGAUCAACAAUUCUCUGGAUGGAUAUUCGUUUGCGUGUGGGGGGCAGGCAAAUUUCGUUCCGGCGGGGCCUCUCUACGGAUUUGUGGGCAGCGAAGAAGUGCACUGUUUCGCUCCGGAUGGCAUGGGUGGAGGGUCGACCUACAAGUGCGGAUCGUACGCCUUCAGCGGGAGCAGCAGCCCUGCGUCGCUGGUGAUCAACGGCGACGGCAUCUGGGAGGGGGCUGAGGUCACCGCCAGCAAUCUCUGGUUCGGACAAGGGGGCGUUUUGGUUUCCUUCCAGACGGAUCUUUCGGCGGUGCCCUGCAUCGUCACAGGUCUGGACUGGCAGGUGAUAGAGGACAAUCCGGUUUCGGUGCGGUUCGAUUGCCCCAACCAGAACGCGAUUCCGGGGAUUUCCUACGAGGUCAACCAAUUUAUCCUAUCCAAUACCGGAUACGUGUGGUUCACGUCUAUCCUCGAACCGGUUGGGACCGUGGCAAGAAGCGAACAGACCAUCCGGAGAGACUACCACGGGGUUUUCCUCUGGGAGAGGGAGACCAACCGGAUUGUCAUGUACUCGGGGGAACAAGCGGGAGAAGAUAAGAUGGCGUUGAACGGAACCCUCGAUCCGACGACCGGUGAACUUUACAUCGACGGUUUUUCCCAGGCAACCAACAAACCAUGCCUUGCAACAACGGCAACGAGUGGGUUUCUGUCUUCUCUUCCGUUUUUGGAAUCGUAUCCCAUCCCAGUACUUUUAGGUCAAAACGCCGGUAAUGAUGAAACAAAGAGCACCGACAAUGCCAAUCCAAGUAGCAUUGAUGGCGAUAGCAGCAACACCGCCAGGGAUGGCAUGGAUUCUUCCGUCUCCGCGUAUGGUCGAGCCACUGGCGCCAAUGAACGCAACAGUGACGACAAURCCAUCAUCACAGUUGGCAUAGGCGACGGCGAUAGGGAUGGAGAUAGAUUCAACGCCGUCACUCAUGGCAUGUAUUCUUUCUCCUCUGGUUCUUCGCCGCUGCGACAGGAUAAUCGCUUGAAAACAAUUCUUUUGGCUUCAGUGGCCCUUCCCCUUCUAUCGUUAUGAUAAAAGGAUGCAAAGAAUGCCAUCGGUUUUAAUAUCAAUGAUCUAGUUUUGCAUGGAAAUCUUCUCUGGGUAAAUGGAUAUUAACA